GGAGGGGGCAGGGAGGGUCUGAGGCAGUGGAGCGCAGGCGCAGUCGCAUUCGGGCCUUGCCCGGGCCUGAGGGCCUGUGGCGGUCCUGGCGCAGGUUGCUAUGGUUCCCUAAACAGCGGCCGUGGAGGGAGCAGCUGCUGCCUGGCCCUCCCGGCGUCGCUUGUCACGGCCACGCCGUGGCAGAAAUGGCGCCGUCGCCCGGCUGGGGCCUGCUCUGGGUGGGCCUGAUCCUGGGCUUCGUCUGCACCACCCUGGAAUCUGCGGCGAAGACCAAUUCUGCCACAGAUGCGCUGAAUGUCCUUCUCAUCAUUGUGGAUGACCUGCGCACCUCCCUGGGCUGUUAUGGAGAUAAAAUUGUACGGUCCCCUAACAUCGACCAGCUGGCAUCUAAUAGCCUCCUUUUCCAGAAUGCUUUUGCCCAGCAGGCAGUGUGUGCACCGAGCCGUGUGUCCUUCCUCACCGGGAGGAGGCCUGAUACUACCCGCCUGUAUGACUUCAACUCCUACUGGAGGGUGCACGCCGGAAACUUCUCUACCAUCCCUCAGUACUUCAAGGAGAAUGGCUAUGUGACGCUGUCGGUGGGAAAAGUCUUUCAUCCGGGUAUAUCUUCUAAUCACAGUGAUGAUUCUCCAUAUAGCUGGUCUUUUCCACCUUAUCAUCCCUCCUCUGAGAAGUAUGAAAACACCAAGACAUGUAGGGGACAAGAUGGAGAACUUCACGCCAACCUGCUUUGCCCUGUGGAUGUGGCAGAUGUGCCCGAGGGCACUUUGCCUGACAAACAGAGCACUGAGGAAGCUAUUCGGUUAUUGGAAAAGAUGAAAACAUCAGCUGACCCUUUCUUCCUGGCUGUUGGGUAUCAUAAACCACACAUCCCCUUCAGAUAUCCCAAGGAAUUUCAGAAGUUGUAUCCCUUGGAGAACAUCACCCUGGCUCCUGAUCCCCACGUUCCUCACGGCCUACCCGCUGUGGCCUACAACCCCUGGAUGGACAUCAGGCAACGGGAGGACGUUCGAGCCUUAAACAUCAGUGUGCCCUAUGGCCCUAUUCCUGUGGAUUUUCAGCGGAAAAUCCGCCAGAGCUACUUUGCCUCUGUCUCAUAUUUGGAUACACAGGUCGGCCACCUUUUGAGUGCCUUGGAUGAUCUUCAGUUGACCAGCAGCACGAUCAUUGCAUUUACUUCCGAUCAUGGGUGGGCACUUGGUGAACAUGGAGAGUGGGCCAAGUAUAGCAAUUUCGACGUCACCACCCGUGUGCCCCUGAUGUUCUAUGUUCCUGGCAUGACAGCGUCACUUCCCAAGGCAGGCGAGAAGCUCUUUCCAUACCAUGACCCUUUUGAUCCUGUCUCAGAACUGAUUGAACCAGGCAGGAGAGCCACGGACCUGGUGGAACUGGUGUCUCUCUUCCCUACACUUGCUGCGCUUGCUGGGCUGCAAGUUCCGCCUCGCUGCCCCAGACCUUCAUUUCACAUGGAACUUUGCAGAGAAGGCCGGAACCUUCUGAAGUAUUUUUGGUUCCGUGACUUGGAAGAGGGCCCAGAUCUCUACAGUAACCCCCGUGAGUUGAUUGCCUAUAGCCAGUACCCCCGGCCUGCAGACUCCCCCCAGUGGGAUUCUGACAAGCCGAGUUUGAAAGACAUAAAGAUCAUGGGCUAUUCCAUACGUACCAUCGACUACAGGUAUACUGUGUGGGUUUCCUUCGAUCCUAAGGAGUUUCAGGCUAACUUUUCAGAUAUCCAUGCAGGGGAAUUGUAUUUUGUGGAUUCUGACCCAUUGCAGGAUCACAAUAUGUACAAUGAAACCCAGGGUGGAGAAUUUCCCCAAUCAUCAGUGCCCUGAGAGGGCAAAUCUAGUGUGUCCCCCUGUCCCCAGUGGUGAGAGAGGACUUCCAGCUGGGUAUUUUGUGAUAACCUGUAAUACUGGAAACAGCCUGAGGGGCAGGGCAUCCAAAUGGGCAUCAGCAAUUGGGCUCAAGAACGUGUGAUAACAAGAUCUCUUCAUUUAUUACUUAUUGAUUUAUGAUUGGCUUGUGGUUGGGCAGAACUUUUGUUAUUCUUUUUUUUUUUUCAUUUGGACCAAAAUUAUGUGUCAUACCUUUGGAUAUCAAGGCCAAAUAACCAAACACAACCCUAUACUAAAUUAGUACUUUAAUUAUUUGUAAAAGUUUCAGAAGUUAGCCAUAUAUCAAAUUAGAUUCCAUACUAAAUUCCCAGUUAUUAUAUUUAUAACUUAAUAAUAUCUUCUUUAGCCCAAUGCACUCAAAAUAUUAUGUCAACAUGUAAUACACAUUUCUUUUUCUAAUUCAGAGUCCAGUAAUAAUGUAAAAGCCAAUAUCUUAAAGUCUGUCUUCAGUUUUUAUUUCUAAGAUCGCAAGAUUUCAAAAUCUAAGGAUAAAAUAUGCACGAAGUGGUUAAUGUGGAAUUUCUAUGUUAAGUAGUAAAUAAUGCUCAGCAAACUAGAGGCAUGAGAUGUAUGAGAAGUUCAGUUAAAAUUUUCCAGGUACUUUUGGCCCAAAUCACAAUUAGUAAAUAAUAGGGC